AGUGCAGCAACCACGAUCACGUGCCUCCACUCUUGCCCUUCGCUUCUGAUCCGCGGUUUCGACUGCGUUUCGACCCAAGUUCGACCUUCAAUAUUACUUCUGUCCCGUCCUUUCCCAGAGCCUCGGAAGAUUUCACUUAUCUGUCUUGAGACUAGUCUCCUCUUUGCUUCUUUCUCUCCCCCGUCGCCUCAGACUCGCCCAAGAGCCGCUCUGUCCGCUCAUCGAUUCGCGUUGUCAUGUCGUUCUUCAAUUCCAUCGGGCGGUCAAUGAACCGUGCGCCUCGUCCUCCUAAACGUUCCACGACACCAACCUUAUCACGCCGUCCAUCUGAAGAAUCGCUUCCUGGCACACCGACCUCACCUGGGGUCGCUAAGCCUCUCUACCUUUGCAGCCCGUUCGUCGAGGCAGCCCUAGUGAAAGGCAACUUCAAACACAUCGUCAUGCUGCCCAAGUAUGCCGACGUCAUGGAAUGGGUUGCUGUCAACAUUUUCGACUUCUAUCAGAACCUCAACUCGUUCUACGGUGUACUCGCGGAAUGCUGCACAUCGCAGUCGUGUCCCAGCAUGUGUGCCGGCCCAAACCUGAAUUACACUUGGAUUAACCAAGAUCGGAAGAGCGUCCAGCUGCCCGCGCCAACAUACAUAGAUUAUGUCAUGACAUGGAUACAGAACCUACUGGACGAUGACAACGUGUUCCCCACCAAGUCAGGGCGCGAGUUUUCCCAGACCUUCCCGUCAACCGUGAAGCACGUCUACAGACAGCUGCUUCGCGUUUUCGCGCAUCUCUACUAUGCGCACUACCCCCAGAUCCUGCAUCUCCGGAGCGAGCCUCACUUCAACUCGCUCUUUGCGCACUUCCUUGCGUUCGGCAAGGAGUACGAGCUCCUGGACAUCAAGGAUGUGAAAGGCCAGCCAGGGGUCCCGGUAGGUAUCGGUGCGCUCUGGGAGCGCUGGAAGGAGAUGGGCAUCCUCGAGUCACCGAACGCUUGAUGGGCAUGCGCUCGAGGUGCGCGUACGGAAUGGCUUCAAAGGCCUAGGGACCUCAUGGUCGGGACGGUGCAUGCGAGGCGACGGGUUCGUCAUAUACCUUGUGGAUACAUCGCGGUCUUUCUGGUCCGCUUUCGGAAAAUGUAAGAUAGGUCGGGUUGACGAUGCAUAGACUGUUCUGCUUCUGC